AUGAAGUUCCAGUGGCUGGCUACCGGCGCUGCCAUGGCCCUCGUUAUCCUUCCCGUGGCCGCUUCUCCUGCCCGUCGUGCACCUUCUCUGUUCCAUUACGACGGCAAUGAACGCUUUAACAGCCAACUUGGGAAAACCAAUGAGGCCCGUCAUCGUCACGAUGAUUCCAAGCGGGAUUACCGUCUGUCUGUCCCAACUGCGGAGGUCCAAACGGGCGGCGUGACCGAGGAAGUGACGGUGACGACGACGACGACCAUCACGGAUGUGCCCAGCUCGAGCUUUUACCGCUCCAGUGCUUCGUCCAUCUCCAGCUCCAGCUCCAUCUCCAGCUCCAGUUCGACUUCAGCUGACGCUGCUCACGGAACCAGUUCCAGCUCGGCCGUCCCCUUCGACGACGCCUGUCAUUUGGUCCUAUCAGCCAGGCGUGACAUUCAACACCACUGUGGCUGUGGCCCACACGGUGACCGCAUCGUCUUCACCGACCUCGCAUUCUUCUGUCUCACCGUCGUCGGCUUCGUCUUCGUCUGCUUCCGAGACGACGGUGACCGAGGUCACCACAAUUACAACUGUCACGCUUCUGACGACUGUGUCGACUCUGACGCCUGCGAGUGCGUCGGAAUCGGCGUCGUCGUCGUCAUCGGCACUCGUCUCGCCAAGCAGGCUCUCACCGUCUGUGUUGUCCUGGUCGUCCCCGCACGUGUCCUGGUCGUCAGUGCCCUCUACGUUCGUCACUCUCUCGGUUUCUUCACCAGCCAACUCAACCACUUUGUCGUUCAUCUCGUCGGCCUCCUCGUCCUCAUCCUCGUCCACGUCCACGUCCACUGCACUGGCACUCUCAGCACGUCCCGGGACACUUGUCAUGAGGGAACACCGACGCCAUUGUCGUCUUCUUGGUCUAGUUACUGGUCGUCAACCUACUACUCCCCCAGCGCAUCGCCGUCUAGCUUGCCGUUUUCGUCGUCGUCGCCUCCUCGCUGGCCCAACUCAACCAGCAGUGCCUCCACGUCGUCGUCCACCGACUUGUCGGGCACCACCCUGACGUCGAGCAUCAGUACCACUACUUCUUCAGUCUCUCCAUCGACCCCGACCAGCGGCGGAGUCCAGCCGCUCUUCAAUGCCACGUCGUCGUCUGUGCCGCUCGACUUUGAGCAGAGCGCCUCAGUUGUCAUCUCUCUCGCUGUCCAUUUCGCCUUCCAUUACACCGUCUGCUUCCUUCUCGGUGUCGCCGACUCUCUCUCCGAAUUCGUCAUCCCUUAUCCCGGCCUCUACUCUCUCCUCCAAUAUCUCAUCGUCCUUCAUCCCAACUUCAAUCGUGCCCACAUUGAAUACCUCAUCUCUAAUCCGGUCUUUUGCGACCCAAUCCCCCCCGUCGUCCUCGACUUCGCUUUUUAG